GGGCGUCGGUACUGCGGCAUCGGGCGGAGCGCGGGGCUGCGUGCCGGUAGCGGCGGGAGGGCAGCGUCCGCCUGCUGCUGGGCGGCGGGGCCGCUGCGAGAGGGCCGCGGGAGGAGCGCGGGGCUGCGGCGAUGGACUGAGGCGGCGGGGACUGCCGGCCCGGCGCCGAGAUGUGCCUAAGUCCUCUGAUUGUGUUUCUUGCUGUGAGCAUUCUGAAAAGCAGAUCUGAACUUUGCCUCAUGACUGUGAUUACACAGGUGGAAAGCACAGGCUUACAGAACUGAGUUGAAUCAGCUGAAGAAGUGAGAGCAGAGGAACAACAAAUGCAGUACAACUGAAAAGAGUGUCAACAUUAUCUAGCAGCAUCACCACAGCAACUAGAAAAUACAGUAAGAAGACGAGGGCUAGAGCAGCGAAGGUGAAAGUGCAGCUCCUUACCUUUGGACAGAAGGCAGCAAAAUAAUUAUGCAGAACAGAAAAGAAUAUUUGAUGGAUCUAGCCAAACUGUGGCAAAGGGAAGCGUCCCUUCAUUAACAGGAAUGUGCCACUGUUUAUGCACUGUAAAGGGGAGUGCCAUGAGAUUUACUGAAGAGACUUUUUCUGUGGUUGCCUAUCUACACAUGUUUGCACCCCUGCUGGCACUGAAUUAGGUGGUACAAGCCUCUUGGACCAGUAGGUAUUGGAUUUUUCUUCCCCGUACAAGGUGUGCCUGGCACGAGAGCUGAUAGACACCACAGAUCUUUCUUAGAGACACAAAGAACUGAGACAAUCUCCAGCCUUCCCUUUCUGUAACAGCCUGCUAUACCAUGGGAUGUAGGCAAAGCUCUGAGGAGAAAGAGGCAGCGCGGCGGUCCCGUCGGAUUGACCGCCACCUGCGCUCUGAAAGCCAGCGCCAACGAAGAGAGAUCAAGCUGCUUCUCCUGGGCACCAGCAACUCUGGGAAGAGUACUAUUGUGAAGCAGAUGAAAAUCAUUCACAGUGGUGGCUUUAAUUUGGAGGCUUGUAAGGAAUACAAACCUCUGAUUAUCUAUAAUGCAAUUGACUCCCUCACACGCAUCAUUCGGGCUCUAGCUACGCUUAAGAUAGAAUUUCAUAACCCUGACAGAGCAUAUGAUGCUGUGCAGCUCUUUGCCCUGACAGGUCCAGCUGAGAGCAAAGGCGAGAUCACCCCUGAGCUUCUGGGAGUCAUGAAACGGCUCUGGGCAGAUCCAGGUGUGCAGGAGUGUUUCUGCCGCUCCAACGAGUACCACCUGGAGGAUAAUGCUGCAUACUACUUAAAUGACCUAGAAAGGAUUGCAGCACUGGACUACAUCCCUACCGUGGAAGAUAUUCUGCGUUCUCGGGACAUGACCACAGGGAUUGUAGAAAAUAAGUUCACGUUCAAAGAGCUGACUUUCAAAAUGGUGGAUGUGGGUGGACAGAGAUCUGAACGCAAAAAAUGGAUCCACUGUUUCGAGGGGGUUACAGCAAUAAUUUUCUGUGUGGAGCUGAGUGGAUACGACCUGAAGCUGUACGAAGAUAACCAAACAAGUCGAAUGGCAGAAAGUUUGCGUCUCUUUGAUUCCAUCUGCAACAACAACUGGUUUAUCAACACUUCCCUCAUCCUUUUUUUGAAUAAGAAAGAUCUGCUGGCAGAAAAAAUCCGACGCAUCCCCUUAACAGUCUGCUUUCCUGAAUACAAAGGCCAAAACACUUAUGAGGAGGCAGCAGUCUACAUCCAGCGCCAGUUUGAGGACUUAAAUCGCAACAAGGAGACCAAGGAGAUCUACUCACACUUCACCUGCGCCACUGAUACCAGUAACAUCCAGUUUGUCUUUGAUGCAGUGACAGAUGUCAUCAUUCAGAACAAUCUCAAAUACAUUGGCCUUUGCUAAAAAUCCUUGGGCUAAUCUGUUUUGCUGAAGUAAUUGAAAAAGAGGCUAACCAUUUCCACUUCUUGUGGAAACAAUGGGGCAACGCUUAGCCCAAGGAGAGAAAAGGGGAAAUCUGAUGUAUGUAUGCAGUUCCUCUUAUGCCCCACUAGCCUGUUACAUUAUUUUUCACAAAUAUAUGUUAUGGAGAGCGAAAGUCUCCUCUCCAAAAAAAUCACACACACAUAACAAAUAAAAAUGCCCCCAGAUGAAAAACAAACCACACAAAAAAUUCAAACAAAAUCAACAAAAGAGAUUGAGGCCGAACUCUGUGGAGAUGUUUUCACCACAGUCACUGCACUUCUAUUCCAUUUGUUUCAUUCUAUUUCCUACAGUGGGAGUGUUAUCAUGUUCUAUGUAAGAAAUAAUCAUCCAAUUGUCCUAAAAUUUUACUGACAUGAAGAUGUAAAGCUGGUGAGUGAUAGAUGAACUCAUUUGCAUGAUGUGAAGCAGAAUGAUUGCACUGGGGUGAAUAACUAGUUCAAAUCAAAAGCUGCAGAAAAGGAGUGCUUAAGGAAAAUAUUACUUAAAGAUAUAGAGAAUGGACAUGUGCCCUCUGUACUGGUACACACAGCCCAACUAUAUACACAGGCGUCAGGUAUGCACAUGACUCACAGCAUAUACUGUGUACACACUUCUGCUUUACUCUUUCAUGGACACCUUGCCUGUUAAAGGAAUUGUUGGUGCACAACUGUUCUGUGAUUUCCAAACUGACUAUCAGCCCUUUCUGCUUUUUAAGGCUUCAAAAUAUGCAGCAAAACUACAGAAAAUGAAUCAAUGAAUAGGCCAAAUUAAGGUCAGUGUUUCUUCUACUGAUAAGGAGUUUUAUACAUCAAAACAGUCUUCUUUUACAUCUUUUUUUGCCAAAUCUUGUGGUGUUUCACAAAAAAAAACCAAAAAAACCCAAAAAACAACACUCUAUAUUUAAGAAGUAGCUUAGUGUUUCUUUUUUAAUACAGAUAAAAAAUAAAUCACAAAGCAGUUUUUUAAAUUAUUGUUGUAGUGUCUGGACUGCUGAAUGUGAAAGUUGCCAAUGGACGAUUCUGUUCCACUGCUCCAAAUACAUUCUGGGAACUGUAAUGUUGUAACAGAUUUCCCAAGAAACAGGAGCCAUGGCGAUUGUGUAGUGUAUAGCCUCCAAAGUCUUUUUUCGUUGGGUUUUUAAUUAUUUUAAAAAAUGUGAUGUAUUAUUAGAAGGUUAAAGAUGAGUGAUAUGAACAAUAACUAAAUGUCUUGAUAUUUCAAUUUAAUAAUUUAAAUUAUUUACAGUUUAGUGAAGUCAAGGAAACUGAAGAGAUACAUUCCUCAGCUCCAGGUUUCAUCUCAUGAAGAAACACUACUGGAUGGAGUAACAUUCCGGCAAAGGUUUGAAUGCAUAAGAAACUCUGUGGGACUAUACUGGAAAAUCGCAGAUGGAUCAUUGAUUCUUUCCCCUGCCAUAGAAAAGACUUCUUAAAGACUUCAGUGUAAAGUUGGUGUGUAAAUAUAUGUUUGAUAAUUGUAAAGCACAUACGUACACAGAGACACAGACACACAUGCACACUGGAAAAUAUCCUUCUACUUUUGUUCCCCCUACGUACUAUGAUUAGUGCAAGAAAUCUCAGCCAAGGGCUCUCAGAAAUUUAAAACAAAAUGGUUAAUAACAUCAACAUUUAAACUGUCCACUUAAAAAAUAAAUAACUCAAAUGAUAAUGCAUUUGUCUAUAGUGUGUUCAUUACUUAGUGUUAUGAUAUACCAGUUACUUAAUUGAAUACUGUUAUGAUUCAUUUAAGAAUACUGAGUUUUAUUAAUUGGUUCCAGAAUGUUUUGUUCAAUUUAUUCACUAACAUUCAGGAAAUUUCAAUCUUAAGCAAUUACAUUUGACCAACUCUGCAAGUUUCAAGGGAUGUCUUCCCAUGUAAUGUCUUUAAAAAUUAUGACUGCCUGUUGUUGUUAGAUGGUUUUGGGAGAUCGUUAGUAGCAAUUUUAGAAGAGAAGCCAUAGAUCAAGAUUAAGAAGCAACAGGAAAGAAAAUUGAGAGAACUACCAUAGCGUUUCCAUUCUAAAUUGCUUUCUAUAGUGUGAUACACUUUUAUUAGCUAAUUGUGAAAAUUGUGGAAAAGAUUUACAAUGAGCCUGGCCUUCCUUUUCCCAUUAAUGGACUGUGAGCUGGUAUGCCCCUUUCACCUCUGGCUUUCAUAGUACAGUGGCCAUUUCAGGCUGGUGAAAAGAGUGACAAGAAAAUACUGGCUUUUAUUAGAGCACAGCUUCAAGAUAAGAAAGCUGAUUGAAAAAAAAGCAAAACGAAAAGCAUAGUUAAUUUUGAAGAGAAUAAGAAAUACUUUAUCAAUUACAAAAAAAUUAUUCAGUUGAGAAGGUCCUUAUAAGUACUAUAGGCAAUCUACAAUAGCAGUGAAAAACCUAGGGCAUUUUAUCAAAAGAAUAAAGAUUUUUCUAAAUAAAAGAAGUUAAUUGCAUUUAUCCUCAAAUUCUGAUUUUUGGGAGAUAAAAGAGAAACCGAAGCAGUGCAUUUUACUACAUGUUUGUAGUUAAUUUACACAUAAGAAUGUGAUGGAAUAAAAUAGUAAAUAAUGAAGUUUAAUCAGUUCAUAUAAUCAUUCUUUGAAUAGCAAUGACUUGCUAUUAACCUUCCAGUAAUUUAAUUUCUAUGAUGUUUUUGAUCUUGAUGUUCUAAGUAAUUCAUGGCUACCCUUUUCUAAGGCAUUAAAUUGUUUUACAUGGAAAUCAAAUGAUUUUAUUUUCCCAUUAUGUAAGAAGACUGAGGUGUGGGAAGGUUAAAACCAAAAAGUCUGUAUCCAAGACAGGCCCUGAAAAAUCCCUAGCUCUCAGUCUUCCACCUGAAUAAAGAAUGCAAUUAAAUUGGCAACUAUUUCCUCAGCUCUCAGGUUUAUCAGUGAUGCAGUGAAAAAAAAACCUGUAUUAGAAGAGCUGGGAUGUCACUUUACCUGGACAACAAUGACAUUCACAGAAGAGAUGUUCCAUCUGCUGCAAUAAGAAUGCCAUCUGUCCUUCCAUUACGUGCAUUUCACACAACAAAACAGGUUUCAAAGGGAAAACGGUAUCUUUAAACAGUCCUUAUUCAUAGAACUGAUUCAUUAUGAUUUUGUAAAUGUAUAAUAUUGAGGACAGUGAGGGUCAGUAAAGACAGAGGAACUUUAAUUUGUUGGACUUCUCCAAAAAAGAGGUCCUGGUAAGCUUUCAAAAUCCAGUGUCAUCAAAUCCACUUCAAUUUUUGUCUAAAAGGAUUAAGUACUCUUAAAAUACAGGAAAGAUUAUAGCUAAGAACUAUUAAAUAUUUUUAGUACUGUACACAUCCUGGGAAAAAUAAUUCUUUCUUUCACAGCUUUUUUUUGCAUUUAUUAUUGCCAAGGUCACUUAUCCUUGCAUAAUAUUCAGUAACGUUAAGUACCUUCUUGAAUCUCAACUAAUUGCUUUCACGAAGAGUUGAAGUUUUGCUAGUAAUGUCUCCUGGCCAGUGUUCAUUUUCUCCUGCUACUGGUUCUUUUUCCUCUUUUAUCCUCUAUUGAAUACAUGCCAAGCGCACGUACAGCUUAUGUUCCUUUUUGGCUAGUAUGAAGCCUAUUGCUUUAUUGGUCCUGGAAAUUGCCAUAGAAAACAUCAGAAACAUAACUGGGAAUGCUUUAUUAGUUGCUGACUUCUUCCAUGUGAUACAAGGUAUACAGGAAUUGCUAGGCCACAGACUGAACCAGUGACUGUGCACAAAGUGAGAAGGCGUGGCUAAGCCAGGGAGCACAGGUGCAGACAAUGAGCCCAAAUGACCAGAAGAGUUGGGCCCAGACCCUGGGGUCUGCCCCUCCUCACCCCCAUUUAAGGGUUAGCAACUGAAAUAGCGUGCCUUUGUUUGAAGAUUGUGUCCUUUUUGAGAUUAUCAGCCUUUGGAAAAGGUAACUUGGCCAUCAUGUCAAACACUUGAUGUGUGUUCUUCCGACAAAUGUCUUCUGGGUCAUCCAAGAGUUCAGUGAGGACAGAAACUUCUUUAUUACUUCCUAUACCAUUAGGUAGGAAUUAUUCCUACCUGCCAACAUUAUGCAUCGACACUAUAUAGAGAAUUUCUGUUGUCUUCUCUCGGACAGUACUGUCAUGAUGCAGCAGCAAGGUCUUCAAGUUCUCCAAGAAACCUGUGUGACACAACCAUUGAUUUUAGUAUUUAUAACUUCAGCACUAGUCUGAUAGUGCAAUGCUCAUUUCUACCUCACAACUUCAAGUGCAAGCAGUCUGGUUUUUCAUCUUGUCCUGGAGUUAAAAUUCUCAGUGUGGUACUGCAAGUAUAGCAGAAAUUUAAAGCCAAAAAUGCCCUGUUGUCAAUUCUGAAGUGUAUUCAUAUUAGAAUAAAAAUGUAUAUAUCAA